AUGAGCGAUGGUCGUUCUGUCAGUGGUCAGUUAAAGAAAUUUGUCUUUCGUGGAAAAGCAAGUACCAACGGCGAUACAAGAGGUGAAUAUCUGGAGAUAGUUAUACCAGAAUUGUUGUCGGCCGGCUACUCAUUUUACACGUGGCCUUCGGCGCCUUUAUUGGCUUGGUAUUUGUGGACUCAAAGGAGACAUUUACGCGGUCUUCGCGUUUUAGAGUUAGGUUGUGGGACUGGAUUACCGGGAAUAUUAGCUGCUAAGUGUGGUGCUCACGUGACAUUAACAGACAGUGUAUCUUUACCACGGUCUCUGCGACAUUUGUCCGCUUGUUGUGAGGCAAACGGCUUGAUUCCCGGCCGAGACGUACAGGUUCUAGGCCUCGCCUGGGGACUAUUCUUAGCUGACGUACACAAUCUACGCCCUGUAAACUUACUUUUAGCUUCCGAUUGUUUUUACGAGCCAUCUCAAUUUGAGGAAGUGCUGUCGACUGUUGCUUAUUUUCUUGAAGGUACUGACGCACGUUUUUUGUGUGCUUACCAGGAGCGGAGCGCAGACUGGUCCAUUGAAGCUCUUCUCAAGAAGUGGGGGCUGAAAGGUGCACUACUGGACUUAGACUCCCUGAGCGAAAGCUCCGGAGUGGAUUACAGAGCCUUAAUCGGUGAACGAUCCCUACAUUUGAUUGAAAUUAUUUCUGUUUAGGGUAUGGCAAGCACGGUUAGAGCUGCACGCCUCUAUGUUGGCAACCUUGCAUGGACUGUGGGCCACAGACAACUCCGAGAAUAUUUUGCCCAGUUUGGUCCCGUUCAAAGUGCUAGGGUAGUAUUUGACCGCUCUACUGGUCUAAGUAGAGGAUAUGGUUUUGUAGAGUUUGUGAGUCCUUCGGGAGCCGCUGAUGCUACUAACAAACAAGUCCACACUCUAGAGGGGCUCAACUUAAAUGUGCAAGUACAACAAAUUAGUUAGAAUCUACAAAAAUGGCACAAGCACUUCCAGACAAUGCUGAUUUCUCUGAUGAAGAAGAAGUCAGUCUACUAGACCAGAACUUCAACAAAGCAUCUGAUUAUGUCAGGAAGAUAACAUCCAACUUGAACAACAAUCAACUUUUAGAGCUGUAUGGAUUGUACAAACA